AUGCGAAGCAUGCCAUCGACUCAGAUCCCCAAAAGGCCGUCAAAGACCCAAUACUACUCCUCGCCCACCCCGCAAUCGUGCCUCUCCAACCAUUCCUCUCAUCCACAUCCACGUCCUCCGCUCACCUCGGGCGCUUGUCUCGACGCUAAUGGUUGUGACCCUCGAGCCGGAACAUCGCGGUCGUGGCUUUGUCUGCCUCACAGCCGGACUGGGGGCACACUUCUGGGACAAGUGAAGGAUCGCGUAUCAGAAGAGCAUGGCGCUUUCGCUGCGGUUGCUGGGGAGGAGACUGGAGGCGGGGCCGAGCUAAAGUGGGAAUGUACGAGGUGUAUCGUGCGUUUGCGUAUGAAGUUGGAGUUCUUCACGUACACCUUGUCGUGCGAUAGAGGGCACAGACGGAACCUUGGGUUGUGA